AUGGGGAAGUGGAUUAGAGGCCAAAUCAUCGGCAGGGGAUCCUCUGCCGCGGUUUCUCUCGCAACCACCGCUUCCGGCGAGCUCAUGGCCGUUAAAUCAGCAGAGCUUUCUUCUUCAAGCUUGUUGCAAAAAGAAAGAGAUUUGAUUUCUCAGCUUAAUUCGCCUUUUGUAGUUAAGUAUCUCGGCAGCGACAUUACGAGUGAAGAUAGCAAGCUUAUGUACAAUCUUUUCAUGGAGUAUUUCCCCGGCGGCACACUUUCCGAUCAAAUCCGGAAGCAGGGCGGUUCUUUGGAAGAGCCCAUGAUUCGGAAUUACGCUUUUCAUAUCUUACAAGGAUUGGAUUACCUUCAUUCUGAAGGGAUUGUGCAUUGUGAUAUUAAGGGCCAGAAUGUCUUGGUCGGAAAAGAUGGAGCCAAAAUUGGUGACUUUGGAUGUGCAAAAAAGGCCGAAGAAGAAAAAUUUGAAGAAUCAAAUGGGAAUUUGGCUAAGAAAUCAAUAAUUUCCGGCACACCCUUAUUCAUGGCGCCGGAAGUUGCUCGUGGUGAAGAACAAGGAUUUGCUGCUGAUAUUUGGUCUUUAGGCUGUGUUGUUGUUGAAAUGACCACAGGGACUAAUCCUUGGCCUAAUUUGAGUGACCCUGUUUCUGCUCUGUUUCGAAUUGGAUAUUCAGAGGACGUGCCAAAAUGUCCAAUCUGGUUGUCCAAUUCUGCUAAGGAUUUUGUCAGCAAAUGCUUGAACAGAGAUGCCAAGCAGAGAUGGACGGCGAAAGAGCUUCUCCAACAUCCAUUCUUCGCCGGUGCUUUUACCGAUGGCGAUACCGGAUUCCUAAGGAAUUCUCCGACCUCUGUGUUGGAUCAAGCAUUUUGGGAUUCCAUGGAAGAAGUACCUGAACUUUCAGACAAUGAUUCAUCACAUAUGGUUUUGUCAUCAUCGGAUUCAUCCUCGAGUAACAGAAUCAAGAGUCUGGUCGGGGAUAUGAGUUGUUUUCCGGGUUCCGGUUUUCGCAAUUGGCCUAAUGACGAUGAAGAUUGGAUCACAGUUAGAUGCGUUGAUGAUGAUGACACAGAAGAAAUCCCACAAAUUUCAACACAAUUUUCAGCACAAAUUCAUGAUGAUCUCCAAUUGCAAGUGGAGGAGGAUCUUCUUUUGCUUCCGAUUGGUUCUGAAGAAUCCGUUUAUGAUAUUAGUACAUUGUUAAUCAAUUGUUCAGAGAAUCUGAAUGUUAACAUUAGGAGUACUAUUGGUUCUGCGACAAAUCUUAUGUUGUCCUCCGUGAACGUUAAAGAUGCUUUUGAUCUUCAAAAUUCUAGAGAUGUUUGUCCAAUUCUGGAGUUAUGGGAAUGGCAAAAAGUUGUUGACAACUGCCGCCGGCCUAGUCAACUCGUUGUUGUGUGUGGUGCUGUGUGGUCCAAGUCCUGA